AUGGACAACGUGUGCGUAGCGGCGUCAACGGUUGCACCUGACGCGGAGCGCAGCUGUUCAAGCGCUUUCCCUGAGGCCUGGUACCGGGCUUGCCGGCGAGUCUACAUCGGUAUGGUUAUCGGAAGCGGUGCGGCACUCGCGCACUGGGUCGCUGCGGAAAGACGAGGAGAGUCAAUCCGUGCGCUCGCGCAUCAGACGCUCUUACGAGAGUACCCAGAGUAUGGGCGCAUCUUUGGGCAAGGCGAAGCGGCCGCAACACCUGGACACGCGUUGUUGCGCAUCAAGCACUGGACGAAGGCGCUGGUCUCUCACUGGCCCACCGCUCCACCCCGCGAGUGCUGGGGUCAGCACGCUCGGCCUGUUGGUGCUAUGGUGGCGGCAGUUUUGCUGGCACUUGGGGGCUUGGCGCACUGGCGCUGGCGUGCUACAAUGGGAAUCUGGUGGAGGGCGAUUCUUCGUCGCGCAGUUUAUGUAUGGUGCAAGCUGCGCCUGAUAAUUGUAGCAUGCUGGAGGUUUCUCGAGCUGCGAACGCGAGCACUCGUUCACGUUGCCGCGAACUCUCGCGCAUCCUUUUGGAGACACAGGUGUACCGAGGACAGCUGUGCACCACGGCCAGCCGAGGACGCUGACCCGGAUACGGAAGCGAUUUGUGAGGGUCAGCGUGGCUCGCAAAGCGACUCUGUACUGGGGCUUGCAGGCCGUCCUGGAUCAGUCUGCGUGCGUUUCGCGGACGACUCCCAAGCAGCUCCAGGUCACAGGGGGCUGCCUUCAGGCAAGUCCCCAGAACCUGAUACUCGUCGCUCAUAUGCUUUAUUGAGAGGCUCGCGAGACGUGGCGCAAAUCGGUUGCAGGAAUCUUGAAAUGCCCUCGUCGAAGAGCGAAGAUGUUGGCAGUGGCAAAACGAUAACUGCAGACGCCGAGCCCGAUGCGAAAGCGAGUACAGCCGAGUCAAGACCGGCUGCUUCUGCGUCUCAGAUCACCGGAGAGCCCGUGCCCCGACCAUACGAGGAACAAGCUGAACAAGUCGAUCAUGACUCGCGGCGAUCUGCAUCACCGAGCCUGUCCAUCGAGACGAGCGGACCACGUCCAGCGAACCAGCGAACAGCUACCCUUCGUCACGAGGAUUGCUGUCGAUCCAGCAACAAACACCAGAAGCAGAGAGAUCCGAUCGAUACCAGUGACGAAGGCGCCUUCCAGCACAAAGCCAAUACGGACUCGAUGGAGUGGGAUCCACCCUAUGCUCGGGAUUUCACGAAUGCGUCAAGCAGCUCCCUCGACCAAUUGUGUGCGAGUCAUUCGGAGGUUUUCGGCGCGCUCGCUUCUCGAUUGCGUUCUCUUCUAGGAGACUGCACCGAUUCCGACCAUGCAAGACUUUUGAACGAAGCCGCUAGUCUGCUCCAAAGACAUGCAUCUGCUUGUGGUGACGCGAGUGGCGAGCAUACCAAACUAGUUGCGAGUGCAUUUGCCAGGGUGCCACCCAUUGACGUUAUUGAAAAUCUCGUGACGACGCUGGAGGGAAUGAUGCUCGCAAACGCUGCCUUGCGGGUCGAGGCUGCUGCAGUACGGCGGGAGAUCGCUGCCGGUCUGGUCCCUAGUACGGGCGACGACUCGGCAUCGGAAGAUCCCUCACCCUGCGCACUCGCCGAGCAUGUUCACUCUGCCGGAGAAAGCCCAGCGCACGAGCACCCCUCACCAGCGGACACUCUGCUGCGCAGCCCAGUUUCUGCUGAUCCGGAGCACAGCUCGCGCUGGCGCUCGCCCAGCGAGUCCUCAUCAACACUAUCCGAUAUUGAAAAUGACAUGCGCUGCGCAGAGCGUGUCACGCAGAAGCUCGAACAGCAGGUCGCCCUGCUAACCAGCGCGAACCGCUCACGCAUUGCGACUCAGCAUCGUGAGAGCCCCUUGAACAAGAGCAGCGACUCGAGCGCGCUCCCCGCGAUCCUCGUAACAGUCAACGGCAGCCUGCAUGCACUUCCCCGAGUAACCGGUCGCUAUGUUCGCGAUUAA